AUGAUGGCCGAUCGUUUUUUCCUCGGCUCCUCCAAAUCUCGAUCUUGCUUCCAGCCUUAUCAUCUUCCCCAUAUCUCUGUCAACCCCAAAAUUCAAACGUUCCGGAUCCGAAUUCCGGCCCUGUCGGGAAGAAACAUCCGCUACCCGCUCGCCGCAGUCGCCGCCUACCUCGCCCGGCUCGCCGUCCAUUGUCAUCACCGUCGGCGCCUUCCGUUGGGCCGCUCCCCGCACACAGCCACUUUCCUCAUAGCCUUGUCCUCCACCUUCGGCCGACCGACGGCUACUCUGUGCGGAUUAUUGUUGACAACGAAGCGAAAAAUGAUAGAGGGCGCUCGUCCACGGCUGAAGUGGUGGCAGCAAGCCGCCGUUGCAGUUGGAUCAGCUGUUGGGGCAUUAUUGGACCCACGAAGAGCCGACUUGAUUGCUGCUCUUGGGGAGACGACGGGAAAACCUGCAUUCGAAAGGGUGCUUGAGAGGAUGAAGAGGAGUCCAGAAGGCAGGGCUGUAUUACUAGAGCGUCCUCGUGUUGUCUCCGCCAGCGUGGGCCACGCGUGGGACCUCCCGCCCAACACUUUCGGUGCCGCCUACGCAAAAUUCAUGGGAUCCAGAAACUUCUCCCCAGAUGACCGGCCACCGGUUCGUUUCAUGGAAACUGAAGAAAUAGCCUAUGUUGCCACACGAGCACGUGAGGUGCAUGACUUUUGGCACACCCUUUUUGGGCUGCCUACGAAUUUGAUAGGCGAGUCUGCCCUGAAGGUCAUAGAAUUUGAGCAGAUGCUACUGCCCAUGUGCGCCCUAUCCGUGGUGGGGGGUAGUGUGAGAUUUAGUGAGAAGCAGAGGAACUUGUUCUAUCGGCAUUACUUUCCUUGGGCUCUCAAAGCUGGUGUGCGGUGUACAGACUUGAUGUGUGUGUAUUACGAGCGGCAUUUUCAUGAGGAUUUGGAGGAUGUGCGUCGAAAAUUGGGGAUUAUUCCAGCCCCUCCAUUGCCAGCUCAUUUACGGGCGGCCUGA